AUGGACGCCGCUGCCAACCGCCUGGUCAGCCCGCACAUGCAGGCCUCCCAGACCUACCUGUCCCUGGGUGUCUACUUCGACCGUGAGGAUGUGGUUCUGGAAGAUGACGUGAUAGGAAACACCAAGAUCGUGGAGAAGAACGUGGACCCGGCCCUUUUGGAUCUGCGUGCCCUGGGUCCUGCCCGGGCAGACCCCCAGCUCCGACUUUCUGGAGGCCACGCCCUAGCUGAGCAGGUGAAAUUCAUCGAGGAGAUGGGUGGCCACUGGACUAACCUCCCAGGCUGGCGGCCCCCAGGCGGGGCUGGGCGAGUAGUUCUUCCAAAGCUCACCUGCAAGCAUGACGAGGAGCUGCCGGAGCCCAGUGGACUUUGA